AUGGCAACAAUGAAAUCUAUGAUAUCGAAAUGCCGAAUGGAAAAGAGUGCGAUUACUCGGGCAUACACAUUUGUCCAGAAUCCUCCUGAGGAAUUAUUUGCUGAGCAAAUUCAAUCCCGUUUAACUCGUUUGGAAUGCGCUUGGAGGGAAUUUAUUGGAAUUACUGGGGAAUUGUAUAAUUUUGAAGGUGAGGAAGGGUAUGUAGAUCCUGAACGAGAUAUGUUGGAAUAUGAGGAGAAAUACAUGCACAGCCAUGCCAUGCUCAAUCGAAUGUUGAAAUCAUUUAGUCCUCAUGAAUCGACCCCUGAACCUCACAAUGAAAUGUUUUCUCGUUUGGCUGAACAACAUUCUACUUUGUUACAGAGACUUGACUCACCGAAUACUUCUCGACAUGCGAAUGAAGAUUUACCGAAAUUGAGAAUAGAACCAUUUACUGGCAGUUACAAGGACUGGCCAGCGUUUAAAGAUUUGUUUGUUAGUGCGAUCGAUUCUAAGGCAAACCUAUCUGAUAUUCAGAAAUUCCAUUAUUUGAAGUCUCUAUUGAAAGAUGAUGCUGCGAAUCUUAUAAAGCAUAUGCAAAUUUCGGAAUUAGCCUAUAGUACAGCAUGGGAUCGACUCAAGGAACGUUUUGAUCGACCUCGUCAUAUAGUAAAUUCAUAUAUUGAAACUUUCAUGGGCCUCUCUUCAAUGAAGGAGGAGAAUGCUGUAAAUUUGCGAAAGAUCUCCGAUAUCUCAAAUGAGGUUGUGAGAGGGUUAGAUGCAGUAAACUACAACGAACGUGAUCAUUGGUUGAUAUAUAUCUUACAGAAUAAGAUUGAUUCUGAAUCUCGUCGCAAAUGGAUUGAGAAUUCUCGAGAUGACCCUAAGCCUACAAUAGCUAAAUUUUUGAAAUUUUUGGAUCAAUGCUGCGAAGAAUUGGAACUUGGAAAUAACAUUGCAACUAAAUCGAUUGGUUUUAAGCGAAGCUCAUCUACGGCGUUAGUUUCAACAGGUUUUCAACAAAAUUGUGCUGAUUGCGGUUCUGAUACUCAUCACACAUUCAAAUGUCCACAUUUCUUGUCAUUGGCAAUAGAUCAACGUCGUACACUCGUUAAGGAAAAAUCUCUUUGUUUUAAUUGUCUUCGUAGGGGACACACUGCCUACAAUUGCAAAUCUCAACAAAAAUGCCGUUCUUGCAAACGGAAUCAUCACACUUUGUUACAUUUUACUCAAGAUACUCCGAUACAGCAAGCACAUGUUGUUGUCUCGUCGGAACAAUCCGCACAUGGAAACGUUUUGCCUGAACCUGAGGGUUCUCAGCCGGUAUCAUUGAAUACUGUCGUAUCUCAAUCUGGCACUACAUUAUUUUUGAAGAGGGACUUGAUACAUAUUUUACCUACGGCAUUAGUUGAUGUUCGUAAUCACAAAGGUGAUUUCAUGAUUUGUCGUAUUUUGCUAGAUACUGCGUCAGAAUUGUCGUAUAUAUCCGAAGAUUGUAUGAAACGUUUGGGCUUGCCACGCAAUUGCUCAAGAAUCGCACUUUCUGGUAUUUCAUCAGUCAAGGCUGAAUCAACACACGGUCACAGUAAUCUGCAAAUGAAGUCCAGAAAUUCACAACAUAGUAUUGAUGCUCAGGUCCACAUUCUAGGUCGGAUAACCUCAUCACUCCCCAGAAGUACUAUAACAAAUUACGAUCGUGGAAGACUGGAAGCAGUUCGUCUUGCUGACCCAUCAUUUUACCGUUCAAAUCCUAUUGAUAUUUUAUUGGGAGCAGACUAUGUUUGGGAUGUCAUGACUCAGGAAAAAUUGUUGGAUGACAAAGGUAGAACAAUAGCUGUUUCUACUAUUUUUGGUUUGGUGGUUACAUCUGUGAACUCAUCGCCUCAACAGCAAUCAACAUCAUCAUUACUCACAUUAGUAGAUAUCGAUAGAUCGAUCCAAUCCUUUUGGGAAAUUGAGGAGGCAGUAAGUGUGGGAAAACGGGGUGAUGAAUCCGCAUUUGUUGAACAACAUUUUCAGGAGACCCAUGGUAGACACACUGAUGGACGCUACAUUGUGGAACUACCUUUUAAGGAGCAAAAUAUCUCAUUUUUCGACACAUACAAAGGUGCGCUUAUGAGGUUUAAUGCCACUGAACGUAGACUCUCUAGAGAUCCACAAUUAUAUGAAAACUACACUAAGUUUAUGAGGGAAUACCACAGUUUGGGACAUAUGCGUGAACUUUCACCGGAGGAGAUAGAUGUCGAAGAUGGCCGUCUAUUUUAUUUACCACAUCAUCCAAUUGUUGGUUCCAAACUAAGGGUUGUAUUUGAUGGCUCAUUUCAGGAUGCUAAUAGGGAAUCCCUAAACGAUAAGUUACAUAUUGGCCCAUCAAUUCAACGGAAUCUGUUCGCUGUCUGUUUUCGUUUUCGGUUACAUAAGUUUGUUUUCUCUGCAGAUAUCAUAAAGAUGUUUCGCCAAAUUUGGUUGGCUGAGAAACACCGGGAUUAUCAACGAAUUCUGUGGAGGGAAAAUCCUAACGACCAGAUUAAACACUUUCAAUUGUGUACCGUCACAUACGGUACAGCUUCUGCACCAUACCUAUCCGUACGAGUGUUGGAACAAUUAGCAAAAGAUUACCAAGAAUCUCAUCCUAAUGCGUCAAAAGUCUUACUCGAAGACUUCUACGUCGACGACGUAAUAACGGGUGCUUCAACACAAGAGGAACUUAUGCUAAAACGUGAAGAACUCCUUGACUUACUUUCGCAAGCCGGACUCGAGUUGAGCAAAUGGGUAUCGAAUUUUGGAAUUAUUGGCCCACAUGGCAAAGAUGAAAGGAAUUUUUUACGUGAAGAUGACUCAACAAAGGUUCUCGGUAUAUAUUGGAGCUCAACGGAAGACACUAUUCGAUAUAGAGUAAAUUUAGAGGAAUCUCAACAUGCUACGAAAAGAAGAGUUAUUUCUGACGUCGCUCGAAUCUUCGACCCACUUGGCUUAGUUUCUCCUGUCGUCAUAAAAUUCAAAAUUUUAUUUCAAGAAUUGUGGUUACUAAAUCUUGACUGGGAUGAACCACUACCUCCAAAUUUGGCAAAACUGUGGAUCAGGUAUAGGAAUGAUCUACAGAAUCUCACGAAAUUGAAGUUACCUCGAUACGUACCUAAUUCGAACUCAAGCACGCAACUGCAUGGAUUUAGCGAUGCCUCGAUUAAGGCCUAUGCUGCGGUUGUCUACUGCAGAAUGGAGGAUGAAAAAGGAAAUAUUUACGUCAACAUAAUAGCAUCGAAAACUCGUGUAGCACCACUAAAGCAAAUAUCCCUUCCUAGAUUGGAGUUAUGCGGAGCAUUGCUACUUACUCGAUUAAUGAAAUUAAUAAUUUCAUCAUUGCCUCAUCAACAAAUGGAAAUCAAUGCAUGGUGCGACUCUACAGUUGUAUUAUCAUGGUUAUCUCUGCAACCAACGAAACUCAAAACCUUUGUAGGAAAUCGCACGUCCGAAAUAUUGGAAACACUACCUCGAAAUGUUUGGAGACACGUCAACACUAAGGAAAAUCCUGCGGACUGUGCCUCUCGUGGUUUAAUGGUUGACCAACUGCUUGAACAUGACCUCUGGUGGAAAGGUCCAUCUUUUUUGAGGAACAAGGAACGAAUCACUUCUUUGGAAGGUUUACAACCCACAUUUGAUAAUCUCGAAGUACUAGCUGAAGUGAAACCUACGGUAGAAGACGUCGUAGCCAAUAUAGCUACUACUACUAUACAUCCUUUGGAAAUUAUACUUCAAGAUGUUACACACUGGUAUAGACUCAUACGUAUAGCAGCUUAUGUGAAACGAUUUAUCAACCUGCGUAUAUACAAGAUCAAAAUUCCUGCUGAAUAUCUAACAUACGACGAAAUUAAGGAAGGAAAGAUUAUUUGUCUCAGAAUGGCUCAAUAUAGUUUCUCAGCGGAGAGGAAGAGUUUGCAGCGUGAACGAAAGAUAGACAACAAAUCAAAACUGAUUCAACUCUCUCCAUUCAUCGACGAUGAUGGAUUAAUAAGAGUCGGGGGAAGAAUUUCGAACUCUGAACUUUCUUCUGAAAUUCAACACCCUAUUAUUCUUCCAAAGGAACACAAGAUCACGAAACUGAUACUAAAAGAGGAACAUAUAAGGAAUUUGCAUCCUGGCAUAUCUGCACUAUUUGUAAUUGUUCGACAACAUUAUUGGAUUUUUGGAGCCAGGAACCUAAUUCGAGAUCUGACACACAAAUGCUUGAAAUGCUUUCGACAAGCUCAACAUGUAACACAACAACGAAUGGCUGAUCUACCUAAGGUACGUGUAAGACAAGCCUUUCCGUUUCAAAACACUGGAUGUGACUAUGCCGGUCCCUUUACCUUAAAGAUACAUCACGGAAGGAACUCGAAAACCUCUAAAGGUUACAUAUGCCUUUUCGUUUGUAUGGUGACAUCAGCCAUACAUUUGGAAUUGGCAACUGAUUUAAGUACGGAAUGUUUUUUGGCCGCUCUUCGUCGCUUCAUGGCACGUCGUGGUAAAUGCUCAACCAUCUAUAGCGACAACGGCAAAAACUUUGUCGGCGCGAAACGUAAGCUGAAUGAAAUGUAUCAACAACUUAUGGCUGACAAUCACAACAGGAUCAUCACUGAGGCCUUAGCGAAGGAUGAUAUCAAAUGGAUUUUCAUCCCACCCUAUUCUCCACAUUGGGGUGGUAUUUGGGAGUCAGGUGUGCGUUCGGUGAAACUGCACUUACGCCGCGUUAUUGGCUCAACUAUACUGACGUUCGAACAGAUGAAUACGCUCCUCGCUCAAGUGAAGCCGACUACUUUGGUACCUGAAGGUAAUUUAACUGAAUUGAAAUCAAAUCGUCUUGACUAUUGGCAACACGUACAAUGUAUGUACCAAGGGUUUUGGCGAAGAUGGAGUAGGGAAUAUUUGACCUCACUUCAGCAACGUCCCAAAUGGACAAAUACUCAACCUAAUAUUUCGAUGGAUGAUAUUGUCCUCAUAAAGGAGGAUAACACUCCCCCCUCAACUUGGAUCACUGGUCGUGUUAUUGAGACCUUUCCUGGUAGCGAUGGUUUAACAAGGGCAGUGCGGCUGAAGACCUCUCAUGGAACAAUGACUAGGUCAAUUGUCAAGAUUGUCAAACUUCCUAUAUGCUGA